GUUAGCUUGAGGAGCAAGGAAAGAAAUACUGGAAAAGAGAAUGGCUAAACAUGCAGUUCUAGCACCAGGAUGGCGAAGCAAAGAGAGAGAUGGAAGCCCUUUUCAGAGGAGCUGCUGGAAUAAAUUGGAAGCAAGAAGAGUGGCCAGCAUCUUCCUGCUCUUCCUGUUUCUGAGCCCACCUUUCUGCAAGGCGACGCUCACCAGCAAAUGUCAGAUCACUGAGGGCUGGCUACGACCACACACAUCUGAACCCCUAUCCCUCUGUCUCUCUGCUUCAGAUGCGGGUUUGGUUGCAUUCUGUAGCAAUGUCACCUCCUUGCAAGAAGAUCUGGCUACUGUUCCUGAGCUGGUGAGUGCCCUUUGUCUCUCCGGGAGUGUUGUCAUUUAUGAACGAGCUUUCUCGUCUUUUCCAGAACUUAAUCACCUGAGCAUCAACUUGAAGGCACCUGUUAUCUCACCCAGGGCUUUCCUGGGCCUGGACAAGCUACAAUACUUAUCAAUCCACCACUCAGAUACAGGCUGCAGCAACAGCUCCAUCCCAACUCAAGCCUUCCACCAAUUAGAGCAACUGCAGACUUUGAACAUGAAGGGCAUCUAUCUCACAGGACAGCGAGGGAUAAAUCUUCCAAGUCACUUAAAAUUGCUUUCCAUUUCUGGAUGCUGCUUAGACCAAUUUUCAGAGCUGUUCAGCAUUUUCCCAUCUUUGCAGUCAGUGCCUCACGUGUCUGUAGAUAACUGUGAAAUAGGGAGGUUUCCCCACUCUUUGUAUCUGAGGCAACAUCCUAACUUCUCAAGCUCUAGGGUCCCAUCUUCUCAAUCACAGGAAAGAACGGGUCUUUAUUCUCAGAACAAAAGCUCACUUCAGUCCCUGGUGCUGAGCCAUUUCCCUCUGGCACUCAGUGAGCUUCUAUCCUUAGAAAUAAAAGAACUUGAUGCACUUUCGUUGGAGAAGACACACCACAUGCAUGAGAACCAGACUUUUCAGGUCUGUGCUCUGGCCUCCCGUUUCUCCCUCCGAUCUCUGUCAUUUUCAUUGAAUUACUACAAAAACUUCAACAGUGAAGAGCUUCCUGGCUGCUACUCUGUGGAGAAUUUGGUACUUGAGGAUAAUAAAAUGGAGCAAGUAGAUCCCUUGCUUUUGUAUAAGCUCUUCUAUCUCCAGCUGUUAGAUCUUUCUGGAAAUAAUCUUUACUGGAACCUUUGCCCACUGGAGUAUGAGAAGAUGAACUUUAACUCCCGGCUGAGGAUUCUUGAUUUCUCUGGUAACAGAUUUAAAAGUCCCCAAUCUACUGUAUUCUCCUGCCUGCCAUACUUAGAGACACUCUCACUCAAUGACUGUGGGUUUGAGAACAUUCCAGUAUCUGCCUUCUCUAGACUUGGCCAACUUAAGGUUUUAAAUCUGAGAAACAAUCGAUUACGCAACCUUGCAAAUGCCUCUUUCUAUAAACUGUCCAGCCUGGUUUCCUUAGACUUGUGUGGCAAUCCCAUCACACAGUUUGAAAGUGAUUCAUUCCAGGGUUUGACUUUUUUAAGAGAACUCCAAAUAGGCUUUCCAUAUUUUCAGGAAGGGGAAGAAACCCUGAGAUUCUCAGCGAAAAAUGUAGAAAGUCUUGCAUUGCAAAAUUUUUCAUCAAUUGCCUUAUACAAUCCGCCACAGUCUGACUUUGCUUCAGUGCAGAAUAUGACUCUAAGUGGCUGCUUUGAAUUUUACAACUUGUCUCAUAACACAUUUUUCCCCAAUGUGUGAUUGAUGCAUUGGGAGCCAGCUUUGGAAUGUGUUUCUUCUAAGCCCCUCCAUCUGCUUUUCCCUGUGCUGGAGCAGCUUGUUUAUAAGUAUAAGUUAGAAGCAAGAUAUACUGAAUGGAAUUUCAACAUGUCACAUCUGUCCAAGCUGCAACUGCUUGAGGUGCACAACCUGCCUGAAGUACCUUACGGUUCCUCUGCGCCAGAGAUGCAGUCCCUCUUCAUGGAUCUGCCCCAGGUGGAGGCCCUGAGAAUGGUGAACAGCAACAUCAGGUACAUCUCAGCAAAGUUCUUCAGAAGAAAGUGCAAACUCAAGCAACUCGUGCUAGAGAAGGAGGCCUUCCUGGAACUUGACAGUGACAUUCAGGAUCAAAUACUGGGACAAAUGCCUCUCCGCUACUUGCAUUUUUCCAGUGUCACCUUCAGGUGUGACUGCUCAAGUGCCUGGCUCAUUGACUGGGCCAUCAGAAGGAAAGAGAUUUAUGUAUUUGGGCUGGAGCAUGCAGACUGUCUGGAUGUCCAAAGGAGAGAAAAGAAAGGCAACUAUCUGUCUUUCAUAGAGCAGAACUGUAGUCAGGAUGUUGGCUUCCUCCUUUUUGUUUCAACCUCCUCGGUGCUGUUCCUCCUUAUUUCACUCCCUAUCCUGAAAGCCACUUGCGGCUCAGAGCUUCUUUUCCUGAUCUACAUCCUGAGAGCAUGGUGGCAUGGGCUGUUGAAUAACAGAAAAGGCCAGAGAUUUGAGUAUGAUGCUUUUGUGUCCUACAGCAGUCAGGACCAGGAGUGGGUGUUGCAGCACUUGGUGCCCAAUCUGGAGCAGAAGGGACCCCCCUUCCUGAAGCUCUGUCUCCACAACCGGGACUUUGUGGUGGGCAAGGCCAUUGUGGACAAUAUCAUGGAGAGUCUUUACAGCAGCUACAAGACCAUCUGUGUUAUCAGCCACCAUGCCCUCAACAGCUCCUGGUGUUCUCUGGAGAUGACCCUGGCCACAUACCGUCUUGUGGCUGAGCAAGAGGAUACGUUGAUCCUGUUGUUCAUGGAGCACAUCUCCAGAUACCGUCUCUCAGCCUAUCAUCAUCUGGCAAAGCUGGUGAAGAGGAAGGCGUAUCUAGACUGGCCUCAGGAGCCAGCUGCCCAGGCUGCCUUUUGGGAUAGGUUGAGGAAGAUACUGAAGCAACACAGUGGUGGGGAGGAACCAAAGCUUUAAGCAUUCUGUGCUGUCCAACUUGGCUAUGCAGUGAGCAUCCAAUAAACUUCUGCCCAACGAGAUUUAUUUCUUAUCUUGCAAAAUAAUUAGUUGUGAAAAGAUGUAGGCAAGCUUAAUGGAGUCUUGACCAGAGAAACCAAGAGAGUUCACAUACAGACACAAACACUGCUAAAUCUUGUUCCCACAUAACGUUU